AUGGACAACAAAACAAAAAACAAAAAUCUUUCGAUAAAUAUGACUACACCGUGUAAUUUCAAUUGGGAAGAAUCGAAGUUAGUAACGUAUCCUGGAAAUCCACAUCCGCUGGGUGCUUAUUACGAUGGCCAUGGAAUCAAUUUUGCGUUGUAUUCAGAAUUCGCAACAGCCGUCUAUCUUUGCUUAUUUCGACCACAUCAUGAUAACAAAGACGAAUUGGUUGAAUAUACUAAAAUUAAAAUGAAAGAACAAACGCAUCAAAUUUGGCACAUCUACCUACCAGAUUUCGAGCCCGGCCAAAUCUAUGCUUAUCGCGUAGAUGGCCCUUUCGAUCCUCACAAUGGUCAUCGUUUCAAUGUCAACAAGCUCUUGAUCGAUCCAUAUGCACGUGCUAUUACUGGAACCCUAGAAUGGCAUGAUUCUCUAUUCGGUUACAAUAUCCAUGAUCCAUCACCUGAUAAAGAUCUCACAAUGAAUGUCGAAGAUAGUGCACCAUAUAUUCCCAAGUGUGUUGUGAUCGAUUCAAACAGUUUUAAUUGGGGUGGUGACACACCACCCAAUAUACCGUAUCAUGAAUCAAUUAUCUAUGAAUUGCAUGUGAAAGGUUUUACCAAAUUGCAUCCCGAUAUUCCUGAGGAGAUCCGUGGAACAUACGCUGCAAUAGCUCAUCCAGUAACAAUUGAAUAUCUGCAAAAGCUGGGAAUAACGGCCGUUGAAUUAAUGCCUAUACAGCACUUUACUACGGAUCGUCAUUUGGUUGAUCGUGGCUUGACUAAUUAUUGGGGUUAUCAUACCAUUGGCUUCUUCGCUCCGGAUGUUCGCUACUCAUCUUCAGGAACUUUUGGCGAACAAGUCCUUGAAUUCAAACGAAUGGUCAAGAAACUCCACAAGGCUGGUAUCGAAGUCAUUCUCGACGUCGCAUACAAUCACACUGGCGAAGGAAAUCAGUUCGGACCGACCUUAUCGUUCAAGGGUAUCGACAACAGAAGUUAUUAUCGACUUGCAGAGCAUGACAAGCGAUUCUAUUUCGAUUAUACUGGCACCGGCAACACACUCAACUGUCGAUUACCGAAUGUUCUUCGAUUGAUCAUGGAUAGUCUCAGAUAUUGGAUCUUAGAUAUGCAUGUCGAUGGUUUUCGAUUCGAUUUAGCAGCUACUCUGGCUCGUGAAUUGCAUGCUGUUGAUCGACUGAGUGCAUUUUUUGACAUCAUUCAUCAAGAUCCAGUCAUCGGUCGAGUGAAGUUACUUGCUGAACCAUGGGAUCUGGGCGAAGGUGGAUAUCAGGUGGGCAAGUUUCCACCAGGCUGGGCAGAAUGGAAUGGAAAAUAUCGAGACUGCGUGAGAGAUUAUUGGCGUGGUCAGCCAAGUAUGCUGUCCGAGUUUGCUGAGCGUUUCACAGGAAGUUCAGAUCUGUAUCGUGAAGAACGUCGAGGACCGACUGCGUCGAUCAACUUCUUGACAGCACAUGAUGGAUUCACACUGAACGAUUUGGUAACAUAUAAUGAGAAACAUAAUGAGCGAAAUGGUGAAAACAAUAUUGAUGGUGAAAGUUAUAAUCGUUCGUGGAACUGUGGUGUUGAAGGUCCAACAGAUGAUGUUCAUAUUAAUGAGUUUCGUGAUUGUCAAAAGCGAAACUUUUUGACAACAUUAUUUUUAUCACAAGGAAUACCAAUGUUAGUUGCUGGUGAUGAACUGAGUCGAACACAACAAGGCAACAACAAUGCUUAUUGUCAAGAUAACGAAAUCUCAUGGUUGAAUUGGGAAAAAGCUGAUAAAGUAUUGUUGACAUUUACGCAAAAAUUAAUUAAAUUACGUCGUCAACAUCCUGUUUUCCGUCGUCGAACCUGGUUUCGUGGUCAACCUGUCAAGCCUGGGGAAAUUGAAGAUAUCGCCUGGUUUAAAUUUGACGGUGGACACAUGUGUGAAGAAGAUUGGCAACAUGACCAUGCUAAAUCAUUUGGUGUUUUUAUCAAUGGUCGUGGAAUGCGCGCUAGAACUGCUUUUGGUGUUCGAGUAACAGAUGACAGUUUUUAUAUAAUCUUCAAUGCUUAUCAUGGUUAUAUCGAUUACAAGUUACCGGGUGAAGAAUAUGCUAAAGAAUGGACAUUAAUUAUGGAUACCAGCAAAGAUAAAAUUACUGCUGAUGAUAAUAAAGUACGAAUAUACCAGGCAGGUGAUACCAUAACUGUACAUGAUUGUUCUAUUUUACUUCUACUUUGCGCUAUACCAAAACAUGAGCAUCUUGCAUGA